CCUUUACUCCAUACAUAACGAAAACAAGUCAUUCUUACGAAACGUUUAAUGCUCCGACGCCCUUAAAAGACGCCGUUUUGCAUUCAGAAACGAUUUUUGGAUAGUUUUACGUAGCAGCUAUCCCGCAAAUAUGUCGAUCUACAGAAAUGCGGUGUGGUUUUUGAAAGGAAUGCAGGAGUAUACGAGGUGCGGUUACGAGGCUGCAGCGAAGCGUUUUAAUCCCUCAGACCUGGAGGUGAAUUUGAGCGGCAGGUCCUUUAUGAUCACAGGAGCAAACAGCGGUAUUGGGAAGGCCACAGCGCUGGAGAUCGCCAACAGAGGUGGCACUGUUCACAUGGUGUGCAGAAACAAAGGCAGAGCAGAUGCAGCCAAAGACGAGAUCGUAGAAAGCAGCAAAAACCAGGAUGUCUACGUCCACAUCGUCGACAUGUCCAAUAUGAAGCAGGUUUGGGAGUUUGCCCAAAACUUUUCACAAAACAACACACUCCAUGUUCUAAUUAACAACGCUGGAUGUAUGAUAAACCAGAGGGAAGUGACAGAGGAGGGGCUCGAGAAGAACUUUGCCACCAACACACUCGGUACUUAUAUCCUCACCACAGCUUUAAUUCCUCUGUUAAAGCAGGCCACAAAUCCCAGAGUGAUCACAGUAUCAUCAGGUGGGAUGUUAACACAAAAACUCAAUGUAGACGACCUGCAGUUUGAAAAAGGAACGUUUGAUGGGACCAUGGCUUAUGCUCAGAACAAGAGGCAGCAGGUGAUCCUCACUGAGAGAUGGGCCACUCAGCACAAAGAGAUUCAUUUCUCCUCCAUGCACCCGGGAUGGGCUGACACUCCAGCGGUCCAGACCUCGAUGCCCUCCUUUCAUGCGAAGAUGCAGUCGAGGCUGCGCACUGAGGCCAUGGGGGCAGACACUGUGGUGUGGUUAGCCAUGUCUGAGGCUGCCUCCAAGCAGAACAGUGGACUAUUCUUCCAAGACCGCACGGCUGUGUCCACACAUUUACCUCUGGCUGCAUCCAGAUCCUCUCCACAGGACGAAGAAAAACUCUUGAACAUUUUGGAAGAAUUUGCUCAGAAAUUUAAACCAUAAAUUAUUCUUUGUAAAACUUACUUUAUGUAACUUGAAAUUAAAGAGCACUACUUAUUCAUAUACCCAUGUUUACACUUUUAUUAAUGAACACGUUAAUAUGUGCUUUGGAUCUUAUAUAUGAUUAAUCGUUUACAUUAUAACAUUUCCUCCAGUGUUAAGCUUAAACCUAGAAGGUGCACUUUUCUGGGAGAAGGUCCUACCUGCUUGUAUUAAGUGUUAUUGCUGUGCCUGGAAUGUUCCACAAUAUAUCCAUAGCAUUUAUUUCAUUUUUGACAUUUUUAUUGCUCAAAAUACCUUACAAAAACAAACUUUCUGUGUGAGGUCACCUCUCCCCAGAUUUAACCUGUAAAUCUCCAAAGAGAUAAGUUCAAUAUCAAAGUGUGAAUACAUUCUUGGCAAAGCAACAUCACUGAGACAAGCAGAUGUCGUAUCCUCCUCCAGAAAAGUUACGCUGCGCACCUUUAAAAUAUUGCUAUUGCUUAUGAGAUUGUGAAUUCUAUUUUGCAUACUGUGAGGCAAGUUAAGAUGAAUUAUUAUUUUUAAAUGUACAAUUUAUUGUAAAAUGAUAAUUGAUAUAAAUCAAUGUUUUUGAGAUAGA